UGGCACUGAGGAGAGGUAAACAGGGGAGGAGAUCUCAUUUGGUUCCUGAACUGUUGCAGCGCUCAGUGCAAUCUCACACACUGAAUUUCUUUCAUAUACACACACACACACGCACUCAUAUGCACAUACACACCAUACAGCACACAGGGGUCUUGGCAGCAGAAGAUCCUAACUAACAGUCCUGGACCGGUCUGGACUCUGCCACCUGCCAGCACAGAGUGAGCAACGCUUAAAAGAAGAACAAGAGAAGAAGACGAGAAAGAAAAAGAAGAGGUGCUAGAGGAGGAGAAAAGAGGGCACAGAGGAUAAGAGGAUCGUGUGCCGUUUUGUUUUUGUUCAAUCCCCCGGAUCGAGCCUCCAGCUGAUGAUGGAGAACACAUGAGGAAGAGAGAAAACUCUGCGGGGACACUCGGGGGGGAAAAUGCUGCUGAGUAAAGUUUGUGGAUAUUUCUAGAGGGAAUUAUUAGCCCUUGAACUUUGUGGGAAGAAUCGCAGAGGAAAGGUCGACUGUGUGCAUAUUGCAAAGAGGGGAAAAAAAGCCUGCAGGUGAGACGUUGGACAGAAGGGCUCUCAGCAGCAUGGCAGCCUCCAACCAUUCCUCCUGCCACCUUUUCCUCUUCUUUCUCCUCUCCUUCCUUAUAACUCAACCUGCCCUCACCCAGGACCCGUCCGUCACCACGGUGACAGUAAACGAAGGUGACCCAUUCAUUGUCCCCACCACGCUCGCCAACCAGACGACUCCCGGCUAUGUGGAGACCACUCAGAACACUCCUCCAGAGACAGGUCUGUCCACUCCCACCAGCGGUGGAGACAACGAUGAUGAGGACGUCCCGCCAGUUGGUGGGACACGUUGCCAGGGUUACUACGACGUGAUGGGCCAAUGGGAUCCGCCUUUCAACUGCAACGCCGGUGUCUUUCUAUACUGCUGUGGGACCUGCUUCUACCGCUUCUGCUGCCAGUUCCGCCAGCAGCGACUGGACCAGAGAAUCUGCUCCAACUAUGACACGCCCAUCUGGGCCAACACGGGCAAGCCUGUGGCCACCAUCACCGAGGGCCAGGGAAACCAGGACCGGGACCGCACGCAUCUCAUCGUCUACAUCAUCUGCGGCGUGGUGGCCAUCAUGGUGCUGGUGGGCAUCUUUACCAAACUGGGCCUGGAAAAGAGCCGUGGAGGAAGUGGAGGAGGUGGAGCAGGGGCGGGGCACGCUGACCUCAACUCCAGGACACUGACAGACCUGCUGAAGCAGCAGGGAGCUGAGGUGAGCUCGGUGGAAAACGCCGCAGCCAGUUCGCCCAGCGGAGGGAGAGCCAAUGGCAACUCAGCCAGGAUGCUGCGCAGCAGGAGUGAACAGUAUCAUCUGAAUAAUUCAGCAUACGGGCCAUUUGGACAAGGGCUUCCACAACCGCACAGCAACCACAGCACAGUGGGACUCAACAAAUACACCUCCCUCAAAGCUGUGGCUCACAGUGCUACUAGUAGCUACUACAAGAGCUAUCCGCUCAUGGACUUCUCCCAGUACCAACCAGUGUCACCUCCUGGAUUCCAGCCUGUCCCUGUACAGCCAAAAGACAAGUCAUACAUCCACCAGCCUGUGUCAGCGCACCACGACCUUCACGCCCCUCUCUCCAUCUCCAUCCCCUCCAGUCACCUGGAGCAUCCACGCCUCCCCAAGACCACCACACAACCGGAGCUCUCCAGCUCAGCCUUCAAAGCCUGGGAGCCAACUGGCCGCCACGUGCACAGGCAGGCUUCUGCCCCGGGGCGCAGCUCUUCCGCUGUGCACAACGCCAACCGGAGACAUGCCUACUCGACCCGGAGGCAGCAGAGCAUAGAGAACCUGCCGGAUCUCUUUAACCAGCCCUAUGGGGCGAUGUAUGGAGGAGCUAGAGGCGGGGCAGGGCAGGUGCAGCACGUACAGGGGCAGCAUCCAUCUCAACCCACCUACUACCACCACACCAGACAGAAGACCUACUCCACUCACAGUACGACUGAGGUGACUGUCUAAGCACCGAGGCCUCAGAGUGCGUCCUGCUGCAGUGUUAAACAGGCUAACAUAAGUCUUUAGUGUUGGCUUUUAUGCCAGUGUUUGGGACAGUUGGUCCAACAUUCAGAUUUACAAGAUUAAAAGAGAUGAAGUGGAUAAAAACGGCGUAGCAGAACCACCACUCUUGCAGAUAAUGUGGACUUCAACAAGGGUAUUGUACAUUGAUCAAAUAAAGUAUAUAGACUCUAUCUGAAAGGUAAUCUACCAUGGUUGUUUAAAACCAUUCUCAGGCUCCUAUAGGUCACACAGCCUUCACUGAUUCUCAACCACUUUUUGGAUUUUGGCACUACAGUGUGGUUUCAUUGUGUUUGC